UGCACUCUUAAGCAUUUUGCCCUAAAGAUGGCUAUUCACAAGUGGUGGUAGUUUUUGAGUAAUUGUGUAUGGAGUAAAAGACUGAAUGGAAUUUUAGGAAUAACUCUUAAAACCUCAGAUGUUUAAAUAACACCUCAUACUGAUGUAUCUUACCAUAUUAGAAAGAGUGGGUAAGAUGAAGAGUCUUCACCACUAUAAACCUGGUGAAAAUAAAUGUGAAUGUAACUUUUAAAGAAGAAACGGUAGAUUUUAGAUUUCCACUGUUGUGGAUUUUUCUCACAGUAGGUGGAAGGAUGGCAUGGAAAUGGAAGUAUUCCCCCAAGGAACAGCUGGAGGAUAUGAGCAGCCUGCACGCAGGGCUCACAGGGCUGCAGAACCUGGAGAACACGUGCUACAUGAAUGCAGUGCUGCAGUGCCUCUGCAGCCUGACCCCGUUCGUGCAGUAUUUCCUCUCGGGGAAGUGGAACACAGCCCUGCACGAGGAGAUUGGAGAGUCUGCGAUUGCCUUUGGCUGUUUGGUGUCUGACAUGUGGCUUGGAGAGUUUGACUUUGUUUCCCCUGAGGCUUUUCAUUCUGUCUUUGGGAAGCGGUACCCAGCUUUUAGCAGGAGGACUCAGCAUGAUGCACAGGAGUUCCUCAUCUGUGUGCUGGAUGACCUCCACGAGGCUUUCAAGCAGCCAAGCCAAGAAAGACAGAGCUCUGCUGCAGGAGCAAGCACAAGGAGUAGCAGUGGCACAUCUAUUAUAACACACUUAUUUGAGGGACAACUCAGUUAUGCCAUCAGGUGUCUGACAUGCAGAGCCCUCAGUGACAGACCCGAGAGCUUCACCAUCCUCUCCCUGCCCAUCCCUUCCACCAGAGUUUGCUCUCUGCAGGACUGCCUGGAAUGCUUUUUUCAGCCAGACACACUGACUCGGAACAACCAAAUCCACUGUUACUGGUGUGGAAGCAACCAAGAUGCCACAGUAAAGGCCUCCAUAACCAAGGCACCACAGAUCAUCAUCUUUCAUCUAAAGAGGUUUGCCUGGCAGGACAAGCACAGAAGGAAACUCUCAACCACUGUCUGCUACCCGUUCAGCGAUCUGGAUCUCUCUCCCUACAUCUCCACAUCAUGUCACAACAAUACAGAGUACAGCUUGUGUGCUGUAGUGGUAAGCUUUGCCCUUCCUGCUUUUAUUGGGAAUGCCCUGGCUCAUGGAGCAGAUGAAGCCUGUGUUGGUUUGGACUUCCUGUAUAAUGAUUUCUAAUUUAAUGUAUGUUUUGUUGUACGCUUUUUUCUACCAGCCAUGGACAUAAUCCAGUAACAGAACGUAACUGAAGGACAGAGACAUUAUUUCUCCUUCUUCCCCAACAUUCCAAUUUUAAAAGAAUGCACUCCUAGCACGUAAUGCCUCUUCAGAGUAAACUUGCAAGCUGAUCCA